GAGCAGAGAGUUUCUCUCUGCUGGUCUCCUCCCAGUUCUCCAAGGCACCGAGGGCCAGGCAGGAAGCAUGGGUUUCCUCAAAGCUGCUUCCCUCCUGGGGCAGAGUCUCGGUCACAAACAACCACCACCACCCCACCCCGCCCCUCCUUCCCUCCGCUGUGAGCUCAGAGCUGCAGGACAAAGUGCCUGGGACCAGGAGAGAGGCCUGAGAGCAGCCAUGGGCUCUGGAGGAUCAGGCCUCCUCGGGGCCCCGCGGCCCCUGCCUCUCCUGCUUCUGCUUGUCACCGGAGGUAUGGCUCAGGACUCCCCACCCCAGAUCCUAGUCCAUCCCCAGGACCAGCUGCUCCAGGGCCCCGGCCCCGCCAAGAUGAGCUGCCGAGCCUCGGGCCAGCCGCCUCCCACCAUCCGCUGGCUGCUGAACGGGCAGCCCCUGAGCAUGGUGCCCCCAGACAUACACCACCUCCUACCAGACGGAACGCUCCUACUGCUGCGGCCCCCUGCCCAGGGACGUGCCCACGACGACCAGGCCCUAUCAACAGACCUGGGUGUCUAUGCAUGCGAGGCCAGCAACCGGCUGGGCACAGCGGUCAGCCGAGGCGCUCGGCUGUCUGUGGCGGUCCUUCGGGAGGCUUUCCAGACCCAGCCUCAGGAUACAGUGGCCACUGUGGGCAAGCAGGUGGUUCUGGAGUGCGGGCCGCCCUGGGGCCACCCAGAGCCCACCGUCUCGUGGUGGAAGGAUGGAAAACCACUGGCCCUACAGCCAGGGCGGCACGUGGUCUCCAGGGGGUCGCUGCAGAUGGCAAGAGCAGAGAAGAGCGACACAGGCACCUAUAUGUGUGUGGCCACCAACAGCGCAGGACGACGGGAGAGCCGGGCAGCCAGGGUGUCUGUCCAGGAGCCCCAGAACUACAAGGAACCUCUGGAGUUGCUGGCUGUGCAUAUUCAGCUGGAAAAUGUGACCCUGCUGAACCCAGACCCUGAAAAGAGCCCCAAGCCCGGGCCUGCUGUGUGGCUCAGCUGGAAGGUGAGUGGCCCUGCUGCACCUGCUCAGUCGUACACAGCCCUGUUCAGGGUCCAGACGGCCCCAGGAGGCCCGGGAGCUCCCUGGGCAGAGGCCCUGCUGGCCGGCUGGCAGAGCGCGGAGCUUGGGGGCCUCCUCUGGGGCAAAGACUACGAGUUCAAAGUGAGACCGUUCUCCGGCCGGGCUCAAGGCCCUGACAGCAACGUGCUGCUCCUGAGGCUGCCUGAACAAGUGCCCAAUGCCCCUCCCGGAGAGGUGACCUUAAAACCUGGCAACGGCAGUGUCCUUGUAAGCUGGGUCCCACCACCUGCUGAAAACCACAAUGGCAUCAUCCGUGGCUACCAGGUCUGGAGCCUGGGCAACACUUCGUUGCCCCCAGCCAACUGGACUGUGGCGGGCGAGCAGACCCAGCUGGAGAUGGCCACCCAGAUGCCAGGUUCCUACUGUGUACAAGUGGCUGCGGUCACGGGCGCUGGGACUGGGCCCCCCAGUAGCCCUGUCUGCCUCCUCUUAGAGCGGACCAUGGAGCGAGCCACUCAAGAACUCAGCGAUGGUCCCUGGACCCUGGAGCAGCUGAGGGCCGCCCUAAGGCGGCCAGAAGUGAUUGCUAGCGGUGGUGUCGUGCUCUGGCUGCUGCUGCUGGGCACUGCCGUGUGUGUCCACCGCCGGCGCAGAGCUGGGGUGCACCUGGGCCCGGGUCUGUACAGAUACACCAGUGAGGACGCCAUCCUAAAACACAGGAUGGAUCACAGUGACUCCCCUUGGCUGGCAGACACUUGGCGUUCUACCUCUGGCUCUCGGGACCUGAGCAGCAGCAGCAGCCUCAGCAGCAGGCUGGGAGUGGACCCCCGGGACCCACUAGACUGUCGUCGCUCCUUGAUCUCCUGGGAUCCCCGAAGCCCUGGUGUGCCCCUGCUUCCCGACACCAGCACUUUUUAUGGCUCCCUCAUCGCCGAGCUGCCUUCCAGCCCCCCAGCCCGGCCAAGCCCCCGGACCCCAGCUGUCAGGCGCCUCCCGCCCCAGCUGGCCCGGCUCUCCAGCCCGUGGCCCAGUCCAGACAGCCUCUGCAGCCACAAGGAACUCUCUUCUCCCCGCUUGCCUCUGGCCCCUGUGGAGGCUUGGAAGGCCAAAAAGAAGCAGGAGCUGCACCAAGCCAACAGCUCCCCGCCCCUCCGGGCCAGCCACCCUAUGGAGUUCUGGGCCUGGGAGUUGGGGAGUAAAGGCUCCAAGAACCUUUCCCAAAGUCCAGGCUAUUGUUCUCCGGGACCCGUGCCCCAAGCUCUGGUUGCCUGGAGGGCCCUGGGACCGCAGCUCCUCCGAUCGUCCAAUGAGCUGGUUUCGCGCCCUCUCCCCCCAGCACCCCUCGCUUCUCGCGGAGCCUCCACUCAGAGUCAGCAGACCCAGCCCUCGGUGGAGCCCCAAGCUCCCUCCUCCCUCCCACUGCCAGCCGCCCCCCUCCCCAUCCCUGUCCCCUCCAGUCCCCCCAGUCCCUCCAGCCCCCAGGCCUCUUCCCUCUCUGGCCCCAGUCCACCUUCCAGUCGUCUGUCCAGCUCCUCGCUGUCAUCCCUGGGGGAGGAUCAGGACAGUGUACUGACUCCUGAGGAGGUGGCCCUGUGCCUGGAGCUCAGUGACGGUGAGGAGACCCCCAGCACUGUGUCCCAUUUUGCCUUUUCUAGGAAUAGCGUCUCUCCUAUGCCAAGGGCUCCUUCACCCCCUGUCACCUACGGUUACAUCAGCAUCCCGACAGCCUCAGAGCUGGCGGAUGUGGGCAGGGCCGGAGGAGGGGUGGGGUCCGAAGUGAGGGGCUUGCUGUGCCCACCCCGGCCCUGCCCCACCCCCACCCCCAGCGAGGGCUCCUUGGCCAACGGCUGGGGCUCAGCCUCCGAGGACAACGCCCCCAGCGCCAGAGCCAGCCUUGUCAGCUCCUCUGACGGCUCCUUCCUUGCGGACGCCCACUUUGCCCGGGCCCUGGCAAUGGCUGUGGACAGCUUUGGCUUUGGUCUGGAGCCCAGGGAGGCUGACUGCGUCUUCAUGGAUGCCUCCUCACCUCCCUCCCCCCGGGAUGACCUCUUCCUGACCUCCACCCUCUCCCUGCCCCUGUGGGAGUGGAGGUCAGACUGGUUGGAGGACAUGGAGAACAACCACAGCCAGCGGCUGGGAAGGGGGCUGCCUCCCUGGCCCCCCGACUCUCGGAUCUCUUCCGGAAGAAGUCAGCUCAGCCGUCCUGAGCCCAAGGCCGGCAGCUCCUCAUGAAGUGUACCUGAGACAGGAGACGGCCAAGAGGAGAAUCAAAACCACCCCGCUGAGGAGUGUCAGUCUUGGCCUGUAUUCUCUGCAGCUGGGGGACCACCUUGCCUCGCCACCAGGACAGUUCUCCUUCCGGGAUUGUGAGAACAAAUGAAAGCAAAACAAAAUAAGAGCAAAGCAGACCUGGAGCCCCCAGUGAGCAAAAAGUCAUCUCGGCCUGCCUCCUACCCCUUGCUUUCUCCUCUGCUCCAUCCAUCCCAAAACCGGGUCUUGUGGCCUGAGAAGCAGGCUUAUCUCCUGAUCUCCCCACCCCCCCACUUGCAUCACCAGAAGUGGAAGAACCAGAGAUCUUCCCGGAGGACAACAGCAUCUUGUGGGACAGGCUGGUUAGGGAAGGAGCUUUAUGGAGCCAUGCCUCUCAGGAAGGCACCUUUCCUACGUAGGCAGGCUCACUUCUCCCCAGCCACACCCGUAAAGGAAGGACGGAGGAACACCCAGUGAGGACCAACCUUGUUUCCAAGGCAGAGGGUCCAGAAUGGACCUAGGGAGGGAGCCAAAGGAAGGGUGGUGGGAAAAUGUGGGGCCAACACCCUCUUCAUACUGUGGACUCUAUGAGCUUAAGAAAUUGAUACCAUUAAACUGAAA